UUGUAGCAGGGGGAGGGGGAAGCAUUUCGGUUGCAGCAGGGCCUUCGCAACGUGCUGGAGAUCAUCUUCCCAAGCUUGUGACACGAAUUGUUAGUGUUUAAUUAGCUGCGGAGUUUGCCAAUUGUUGACUGCACUGUUGACGCCAUGCUGAGAUUUGUGGCCUCGAACUUGGAGGCAGCGGGAUUCUCAGUGAUGCGUUUCAUGUGAGGAGAUUUGCCGAGUUGCGGUGUUGUUCAGGGUUUAAUGCCAUAUUCCACUGUUAGGGUUCUUAAUUCGUAUGAAAGGAGUAGGUUCCAAUUCGGCUGGUCGGUUGGUUGGUGGACGGAUUUUAAAGCUUGAAAUCAGGUGAAUUUUGGUUGAGGUGGUUUGAUGGAUAUCGCGGAGAGCUCCUCUGCUGCUUCGGCAGGAAGCGGCAACGGCCGAAGUGGCUCCCUGCCGAGCUUCUUCUUUCCGCCAGCUGCGCAACCGGAAGUGAUGCGAGCUGCGGAGAAAGAUGAGCACUAUGUUGCUAGCUUGAGCGAUGCUGCUCAUGAAGCGUUUCGCCAUGCACUCGGAACACGACUUGCUGUGGCCUAUCAAAACGAGACAAAACUUGCAGGUCGGGUGCUAUAUUAUCUAUUAACUACUGGCGCAGGUCUCCAGACUCUUGGGGAGGAAUAUUGCGAUAUAUCACAGGUGGCGGUGAAUUCAAAACUUCCAGCUACUCCGGCUCGCAGGACACUUCUUGUUUUCUACCAGACUGUGCUGCCGUAUCUGACAGAACGUCUUAGUGCUCGGGCUGCUGCAAGAGGUAAUGCACUUGCAAAUGCUGAAGAGCUUCGAGGAAUCGGUUUUACUCAAGAAUCGACGUCAGAGAUAGGUGGCGAGGAUAUUGUCUUGAGUCAAAGACGGAGUAUCAUUCAAAUAUGGCAAUCCUGGUCUCAAAGAAUGAGUCAACGUUACAAUGCAGCUCUUCAACAAUGGCCCACUAUUCUUCCGUCCGUAAAAGAAGCCCUUCUGCUUGUUUUGAGGGCCCAUCUCAUGCUUUUCUACUUUGAAGGGGUUUAUUACCAUUUGGCGAAACGUUUUGCUGGCAUACAAUACAUAUUCAUGGGUAAACCUGCACAACAGAGGCCAAGGUAUCAUAUGCUUGGUAUGUUUCUGCUAAUACAGCUUAGCAUUGUAGGUGGAGACUGGCUGCGCCGCAGUGUUCUGCCUGCUCUGGCUACGUCUAUGAGAUCUCGAAUAAGGGAUCCUUCAGCAGUGUCCUCAGGACGACAAAGUAUAGCAAUUUUAGAUGUUGAUGGAACCAAUACUUUCAAGAAAGAGAUGAAAUCAGUGGGAGAUGACUGGACAUUAGCUGCCAAUACCGGAGAUGCUGAGUUGAUUUGGUGCGCAGGGAGGUGGAAGGAGAAAAUGUCCGCUUUGUCUUAGCCCACGUCAACAUCCCACUGCAACACCGUGUGGUCAUGUUUUCUGUUGGAAUUGCGUGGCAGAGUGGUGCAACGAGAAGCCUGAAUGUCCUCUUUGUCGGUCGCCUGUAACGCACCCUCAAUUAGUGUGUCUAUAUCAUACCGACUUUUGAUUCGCAGUUCAUAUUUUAUUAGUGGCACUCUUAUCAUGCAGACAUAGCUUUAUUAAGUAGGUUUAGGUGAUGGUGUAGAUGUUCGCCCACCUUCAAGAUUAUGGUUGACAAGUCUUUUCUACAAAAAUCUGGUAUACAAGUCUGUGACUGAAUUUAUUGCAACUUAAUUACAGUGGUUACAAAGACGUUUUUCUUGCAGAAUCUGGCAACUUCAACGUUCUUUAUCAGCGUCAA